GGCCGUCCGUACGGCCCGUACGCCUAAGGCUUCGGAGGGUCCAGGGCGCGUUCAGGGCAGCAGGGGGGGGGCGUGGUUUGGGCCUUGUCCAUGUUGGGGCCGCUUCUAGGGUGUGAACGAUGGCACCCUGAAAAGGGAGGGGAGAGCAGCAGUUUGUCCCAGUCAGUAAGGACAAACAGAGGCAGGUGGAGUUCAAGUUCUGCGAAUUAAAGUGGAUAACGAAGGGGCAAACACUGUCGGACUCCAAUGGGAAUUUUCUCAUGGAGUGCAAGUUGUGCGGCCCGGGUUUUCAGGGCAGUCUAUCGAAGGCCGCACAACACUUCACAAUAAAGAACAACUGCGCUAAAGUCACCGCGGAGCAGCUCGCGGGGAUCUGGAACAACACAAACUACCCGUUCGAUCAGAGCCACCAUCGGAAGAUCAUCGACUUCCUGAGGUCUCGUGGGUUUCGAGACAAUAGAAAUACUUCAAGGAGGGAGCAGGCGGGGGAGGAGUAUGACCACAGCGAGCAGGAGAAGAGGGAGGCCGAGGGGGGAGGUGAUGAUAGUGACAGUGAUUCACAGGACAUGGACGUGCGGCGAGAGGCGGAGCGCGCCAGGGGAAAGAUGAGGGGGGACAAGGCCGUUGCCGAGGACAGCACCCCGGACGAGCACGACGACGACGACGAUGACAACGACGAUCAGGGUGCAGACCUUGGGGCAUCUUUUGAUGGGGGUCUGAUGGCCGCUGGCCGUCGAGGCCAAGAGGGGGCUGCCAAAGCGAUGAAGGACGCCGUGCAAUCGAAGAAGAGAAAGAGGAAGGCAACGACACCAGCUCCUCCUCUGCCGAAGAAGGGCAAAGUCCUUCGACAGACUUCCAUGAUAGAGACCUUCGAUCCGGCGUGGCAACGAGAUUUUACGAACGAGUUCCUGCAGUGGUGGUACGUGAGCGGGAUUCCAUUCGAGGCGGCGAGGAGGCCGAAGUACCAGCGAGUGAGGAAGCGGUUGCUCGAGUGUCCGCCGUAUACACAUCCCGUGUUGCCCACGCACUGUCUCAUUUCCGGCGACGGUAUUCCACAGCAGCAGCGAGUUGUGGCGGAGAUGAUGGCGGCCGUCCGCAAGGACAUUGCGGCGACGGGAGCGACGAUCCUCACGAAUGGUCGCAAGUCCAUCACUAGCGACCAGAUCGUCAACUUCCUUGCCGCUGGGCCCACGGGAGCCUACCUUUUCAGGACUAUGCAGCGCGACGGUGCUGUCCAGGAGACAGCCAAGGUGGUGGUGGAGCGAUGGAAGGACGUGUUCGACAACUUUGGUGUCGAAAAUGUCAACGCCAUUUGCACGGAUUCUGCGUCCGUGUAUGUGGCUGCAUCCAAGCUCCUGGCGAAGGAGGAGGUCAAGUACAGUCGCAUUACUUGGCUUCCGUGCGCGGUGCAUGUCUGCAACUUGUUGUUGUCCGACAUUGCGAAGGACGGCACCCCCGGGAAGCUUGGGAAGAGGGAGGACACCAUCAUCAGGGCUCGAGCAGUCGUGCGGUUCAUCAGAGAGCACGGGGCGGCUCUCAGCCUUUACCGACGGUUCUCUGCCGCCCACCCCUCUUCCACUUCCGCAGUUGCGGCCAGUUCCAGCGCUGCGCCACCCUCGUCUCAGCAGCAACAGAGAGCUUGUGUACCCCGCACAGACGAGGUUUGCUUUCCACUACUUGAUGUUGGAGAUGUUGUUGGAUCGUCGCCGAGCGUUGGAGGCGUCGAUGAUGAGCGACGACUGGUUGCGGACUGCAUGGAGGAGGUCCAUUUUCUUGCAGGCCAGCUGUUAUGCCGUCUGGACAGAGGGGGGCGCGUGAUGACUCGCAUGUGGUCGUGGGCACUUGCCAUGAUCGACAAGGUGGCGAGGGCGAGACUGAACAGGACGUCGAGGGAGGAGCUCAACAUCGUUGUUCAGGCUUGUCAGGCGCGGGCCGAUCAUAUGUUGGAGCCCGCACAUUGCAUCGCCCACCUCCUCAACCCUCGCCACAGGAGCAUUACGUAUUUUGGAGCGACGAGGCGCAGCGAGCACGACAAGACACUCGCGGAGGAGUCACUUCGAUACCUUCGGCAGCAGACUGGCGGAGAUGAGGACUUGUAUCUGACGCUGCGCACGCAGUUGGCUGAGUUUCUUAGUCGGGAGGGCGAUUGGACGUACGGAGGGGUUGAGGAUGACAGGGAUGCGGCCUCCUGCAGAGGGGAGAAGGAGACGUCGCAGGUGGGGCAGUGGUGGGUUCAGCAUGGGGACGGGAUCCCUCUCCUUCAGACUUACGCCAUUCGCUUGACACACACAUGGACGUGCGCCUCUCCAGCGGAGAGGAACUGGGCCGUCCAUGAGCGUGUUCAGGUGAAGAAGCGUAACCAGCUUGGUUUUAUCAAGCUGGCUCGUUUGGUGGAGAUAUCCACCAACUUGAGAUUGAGUCGUUGUCAGGGGAGGGGUUCAAGGUACGUUCUGCCAUGGGAGGACGCUGAGGAGGAGACAGAGGACAGCAUUCCUCCGCCUCGUGACGAGGGUGUUCGGCCAGCUGACCGAGUCACGGAGGCGCAGCGUGAGCGGCAGGUGCAGCACGGGCGGAAGGAUCGCCUUUCCAAGGCUCCGCCCAGCGUCGAGACAUAUUUCGGUCGUUGUUCCACGGUGCUCAUGCCGACUCAGUUGGACGCCGUGUACGAUCCCAAGUCGGAUCCUAUGGAUCAGGACCCGAUGGAGGCGGAGCCGUGGUUCGAUCCGGACGACCUGGCAGUGGAGUCUGAGCCCGGAGAUUUUGAUGAUGGUGGCGACGAUGAUCCUCUCGCCGAGAUGUUGCGUCCUCAGACGCGUGCUUCCACUGCAUCCGCUGCGCAGCAUCCUCCUCCCCCUCCACCCCCGCCCCCGACUGCGCGUCCUUCCACUGCUUCCGCUGCGCAGCAUCCUCCUCCCCCUCCACCUCCGCCCCCGAGUGCGCGUGCUUCCACUGCAGCCGUUGCGCAGCAUCCCCCUCCACCUCCACCUUCGCCUUCGAGUGGUCGUGCUCCCACUGGAGCAGCUGCGCAGCAACCCCCUCUACCUACAGAUCGUCCAGGACAUGGCGAGCAGGGGACUCGCGACAUUGUUGACGAGCGAGACGACGACGACGACGAUGAUAGAGAGGGGUACGAGGGCAGCAGUGAGGGCGAGGAUGAUGUCGCGUAUUCCCCGAGACGUGGACGUGGUGACGACGACGACAGUGGCGACGAGGGCGGCGAUGGUACACAGGCUGCAGGUGGUUUGCGGAGGUCGGGUCGACAUCGUGCCGACCGAUGCAGUGGUGCAGGUAGGGGGGACAGUGGUGCAGGCAGGGGUGUGGGGGGCGCAGGACACACAGAGGGUGCAGGCCGUGGUGGCGGAGGACGGGCGAGGCGAGAGUCUGCAUCCUCCACUCGUACUGUGCAUCGGGUUGAUGAGGGUGCCGCGACAGGAGAGGUUGGCGCCGGGUCGACUAAGUUUGCUGCUGCGUCGGCAGAGGCCGCUGCAGAGGCCACUGGAGAGUUCACAGCGGCGUCUGAGGAGGUCGCAGGGGGCUUUGCAGAGGUUGUUGGCGAGGCUGCGCAGGUUGGGAGGGCUUCUGCACAGUUGGGUGUCAGUUUCAGUGGUAUUCUUGAUGUUUCGUUGGGGCUUCCUCCGACACCGGCAGGCGAGCAUGGCAGUGGUGACGCAGCGGCUACGCCUGUCAGUCAGAUACUCCGGGAUGUACCUUCAUGCAGCAUGGGUGACAUCAGUAGCAGCAUGUUGCAGGAGGCAGCAGCGGGGACACAGUGUUCGUCGGGGCAGGAGGAGUGUACAGCAGGGGACGGUGGGGACUGUGGACCUGAGCAGGAGCGAGCGCCAGAGUCGGAGCAGGACAGGAUCGACCGCGAGGAGAGGGAGAGGGCGCAGGACAUGGCUAGCCGUUGCGAGAUGACACAGAGUAUUGCGUCGAGGGCACGGGCAGAGCGGAUGCUAGAGACGGGCGGUAGUGAGGGUCAUCGUGCGAUGGACGAUGCAAUGCUUGAGUGUGAAGGCGCGGGCGCCGGGGAUGCCGGCGAGAGACCCGCGUUGACGGUUCAAGGUGUUUGUAUGUUGCCUAUCGGUGGAGCCAUGACGGCGGAGGAGUUGGAGCGGCAGGUACGCGAGGACCCAUUGCAGGCAGAUCGACGCGGACGGAUGGACGAGGCGUCGAGGAGGUUAAUGGAAGAGGCCCCAGCUUACGUGCCCUGCAGCCCGUCACUGCCAUCGUCCACCACUGGUGCCACUACCUCCGUACAUGCUGAGGGUCCAGUCACGGGACGGAUUACCACACUGGCACCUGCAGAGUCUCCUUCUCCCAAAUCACGGAAGAAGAAGAUGAGAGAAGGUAAGAGCAGUACUGUGAGGAGGGUAACGCAUGCGACGCGGGAGACUCAGCCCGGGCUGGCCGAUUUACAUUCGUGGACUCGAGAGGCAUUGGCCCUGGACGUUGUCGCGGAGACAGUAGGUUGGCGGGAGAGGGGUUCCAGCCGGGCGACGGAGCAGCCCAUCACAGCACCUGCUGAGACGGAGAUGCCAUGUAUUGGGGGGCGCACAGCUGGUAGGGGGGAGGAGGCGGAGCACAGCGGCCCCCCCGGGAGGAGCAUGGCCGGACGUAUAUUGGGGGAGGAUGUGAGGACGGUGCCUGCGCAGCGACCGUCACAGGCAGGAGUCGUUUUGGAGUCCAGUACCGAUGAUUUGGAGAUGCCUCGUGGCCAGCGGAGGAGGGCUUCCGUGUACGACCUUCUUCGAGCACAGCACGGGGUUGAUGCGGCGCCACAGGGGGGGGGUCAUGCUCCGGAUACUGCGCACGGGCCGGUAGGCGGCAAGGGUGGCGGCGACGGUGUCAAAGGUGCGGUGCAGCAGAGGAGGAGGAAGGACAUUGUGGACGACGAUGAUGUUUAGUCCCACCAUUAGUCCUCUUUCAUCCUGUAUUUCUUAGUAGUGUAUAUUAUACUUAGUGCUUCGGAUGACGUGAUGUGUUCAUAGGUGUA